GACUCGCGGGCGCCUGCACAGCUCGAUACGCAAGUGUUGCAAGGCCUUAGGCCGCUCGUGCACUCGUUUGAUACCCAGCUUUCGGCGUGCAGCUCAACAGCUCUCAGAAAGGGCUUGCCGCCCAGCACUGCAUAGUGCCCAAGCCAGCAAGCAAGAAAGGCGGCGCGGCGCGUCGGCGAGCAAGCAAUGGCCGACGACGACGUGCGCCUCACGCUACUAGCCGACUUCCGCCUCGCGCAGAUCACAACAGACCCGCAGAGCGCCGUCGCCGGCGCCGGCGUCGCCGUGCUCGACCGCCACGGCGUCGUCUGCGUCGGCGCGGGGCGCGAGAUCGUUUGUGUGGAGGCGGCGGCGCUCGAGGCCGCCGCCUGGGCACGGUACGACGACUCUAAAAAAUCGGGCGGCUCGAAGCGGCGCGAGGGCGCGGCGCCGCCUUCCCUGACACGCGCGGAGCUUGCCGGACCGUGCACGUGCUGCGCCGCUUCAUCGGACGCCGCCGUCGUGGCCGCGGCGUCGAGUCAAGAUGUUGCGGUCUUUGCGGUCGAGCGCGGGCCCUCGCUGCGACGCGUCCGCGCGACGCCCCAUGCCAACGUGACGGCUCUGGCCGUCUCGGCCGACGGCGCCUGGGUCGCCGCGUCCACUUCCACCAAAACGACCGUCUUCAAGGUCGAUGGAGGCGGCGACAUGGAGCUGGACGGCUCCCACGCGGCCUUCCGCGGAGCCAAGCUCGCCGUGGCCUCGAGCGAGGGCGUCGUGACCUACGCUUUGGCCAACGACGUCUGGCGCGAGGAGGGCCGCGUGGGUGCGGACGCCGACUCGCUGGGCGACGACGACGCGCGGUCACCACAUUUCGUGCGCUGGCUCGACGACGCGAGAAUUUUACUAGGCUUCCGCCAUACGGAAGAUGCCCUGGCGCGGGCCAUCGUCGUCGACGUCUCCAGUAAAACGGUGACGACCUACGCGGCGGAUUUAGGUGACACGGUCGUCGCGUUUUUUGAUCGGGAGGCGCCUGGUUCUCCACAUACCUUCUUCGCCGCGUCAUCUAGGAGUGGCUUGUGUCUGGUCGCCUGCAAUUUGAGCAGGGACGUCGGCGUGGUACGGGAGGACCCCGAGCAACCUGGUGCUUAUUAUUUACAUGAGGCCUACGACGAGGCGGCGCUCGUGUGUCAGACGCCCUGCCAGUCGUUCCAGGGCGACGAGCGCGAGACGCUGGUCGCGGGGCUGGGGGUGCUGGCGACGGGCGUGGCGCGGGCGGCGCCGCCCGCGGACCCUUCGCUGCCUGUGCCGCCCGACGCGCCGCCGGCGGCGCUCGUCGUGCUGCUGUCGACGGCGGGGCUCCUCUCGUGCUACGCGCUGGCCGACGACGAGCGGCCGGCUUCUAGGGUCGCCGCCGCGCCGCUGCCGGCGCCUUCCGCCGCCGCCGCGACGUCGAGCUAUCCGCCGAUGCCUUCCAAACCACCGAGCAAGCUGCCCUUCGGCGCGCCCGCCCCGGCGCCCGCGCCGGCGUUCUCCUUCGGCGGCGCGGCCGCGGCGAAGCCCUCGUUCUCCUUCGCGGCGCCCGCGCCCGCACCCGCCGCCGCGGCGAAGUCGGGCUACCCGCCCAUGCCCACGAAAGCGCCGAGCAAAUUACCCUUUGGGGCGCCGGCGCCCGCCGCCGCGGCGAAGUCGAGCUACCCGCCCAUGCCCACGAAAGCGCCGAGCAAAUUACCCUUCGGCGCGCCGGCGCCCGCUGCCGCGAAAUCGGCCUACCCGCCGAUGCCCACGAAAGCGCCGAGCAAGCUUCCGUUCGGCGCGCCCGCGCCCGCUGCCGCGAAAUCGGCCUACCCGCCGAUGCCCACGAAAGCGCCGAGCAAAUUACCCUUUGGGGCGCCGGCGCCAGCCGCCGCGGCAAAAUCGAGCUACCCGCCGAUGCCCACAAAAGCUCCCAGCAAGCUACCCUUUGGAUCUCCUGCGCCGGCCGCCGCGAAGCCGUCCUCGGGCUACCCGCCGAUGCCCACGAAGGCUCCCAGCAAGCUUCCGUUCGGCGCGCCCGCGCCCGCGCCGGCCGCGAAGCCGGCGACCUUCGGCUUCGGCAGUCCCGCGGCCGCACCGGCGCCUGCGAAAUCGGCCUACCCGCCGAUGCCCACGAAGGCUCCCAGCAAGCUCCCCUUUGGAGCACCUGCGCCGGCGCCAGCGGCGAAGCCGGCGGGGUUCGGCAGUCCCGCGCCGGCCGCGCCGACGACGCAAGAGGACCUACCCCCCGGCUGGUCCCUGCAAGUCCCCAAAGACGCGGAAGAGGCCGAGAAGUGGCGCGUCUGCCUCGAGAUGGAGCAGGCCAUGAGUGCCAUGAGAAAAGAAUUACAAAUCGCGAAGGCAGCCAUCGCCCCGCAAUUGAAAAAGGGCCAAGAAGAUUUACGGAAGGAACGGGCGUUGUUGGCCGAAGCUAGAACAACUGCUCUCGCAUUAGAAGCGCAGGAGCGCGAGUUCGGCGAAGCGAGGGCCGCAUUGCUCGGUUCCGUGGAAACGGCCCAGCGCCAGAACGAAGAGACGCGGGCCAAUCUAGAUAUCGCCGAGGGCAUGAUGGCCGACUGCACCGAUGAACAAUUGAAGAAGAAGGCCAAGGACUGGGAGGAGGUCCUCAAGCACCAGGAGUUGGACGCGGCCAGUCAGCGGCAGCUAGAUAAACUUACGAAACUAUCAAGUGAGGUCGCCGACAAGUUGGCCGAGGUGUCUUUGGUGAACUCGCACCGAGAAGCUUUGUCAAAACAAGCCGAUGUGGGAGACACGUCCUUCUUCGGGUCUCCUCGAGACGCGCCCUCGUUCGGGACCGCUCGAGUGAAAAGUUCGUCGCAGAACGACGCCGCCGCGUUUUUGCGGAGAGUCCGGGCGACCUACGAGCAGACGCUGCAGUUGCAGGAAGUUAUUAUUCCUUCAUUGGAUAAGAGGUGGGACGCGGCCUGUGCUGAGAGGGACAGGCUCAAAGCCCUCAAGACCGAUUUGUCGCCCGAGAUCGAGGCGGCCAUGAAACGCGAUUGUGAGGCGCGCAAGGGCAUCGAACCGCCCCCUCUCGAACCCUGGGAGCAGGCCUUCAUCAAAAUGUGUCAGGAGAACACGCCUCCCAUUGUAAGGGAUUGCCGACCAAUGCACCAACGGACCAAACCUAUACCAGGGGCGAUCCCCGACGACCACUACCCUCAGCAGACAUUCGUGUCUCAAAAGGUCGAAGAACCGAAGCUGGCGACGCACGUCGAGGGCCUGAAGGGCGCGGCGGCCGUGCCCUGGGCGAAAGUUCAUAGAGAGGCCGUGCACCGCGCGAAGCUCGAAACGCCGUCCACGCCGUCGACGCCCGCGCCGGCGCCGGCGCCCGCGCCGUCGCUGGGCUUCGGCGCCGCCUUCGGCGCGGCCCUGGACGCGCCCGCGCCGGCGCCCGCCGCUCCAUCAUCGUCGACCUACCCGCCGAUGCCCUCCAAGCCACCGAGCAAGCUGCCCUUCGGCACGCCGGCGCCCGCACCGGCGCAGAAGAAGAAGGCGAGCCCGUUCGGCGGCGCCUUCGCGCUCGAGGGCCUCGGGGCCGCGUUGGAGGCCAAGGCCGCGGCCGCGGGCGCCGCGCCUGCUGCCGCACCCGCGCCUGCGGCCUCUGGCGGCUUUGGCGCCGCCACGCCGGCACCGGCGCCCGCUGCCUUUGGCGGGUUUGGAGCGCCGGCGCCCGUGCCCGCGCCCGCGCCGGCGGCGCCGGCCUUCACGCCCGCGCCCGCACCGGCUUUUGGUGCGCCUGCUGCGGUGCCCGCGCCGGCGCCCGCGGCGACGCCUUUCGGCGGCUUCGGCGCGCCCGCAGCCGGCGGUGCCGGCGACGCGCGCGCUAAGGUCGUCGAGAUCUACCAGAAGUGCAACCCGACGAAGCUUUCGGAGGUCGACAAGCUCUUGGCCAAAUACGCGGGCAAGGAGGCCGAGCUCGUGCUACGACUCCAGAAGAAGUACGCGGCGCAGCUCGGCUCGCCGGCCGCGGCGUCCCCGUUCGGACAAACCCCGGCGCCGGCGGCGUCGCCGUUCGGCCAGGCGCCGGCUCCUGCUGCAUCGCCCUUUGGCGCACCCGCGCCCGCCGCCGCGUCGCCGUUCGGGACGACACCGGCCGCUGCAUCGCCGUUCGGCCAGACGCCCGCGCCCGCUGCCUCGCCGUUCAGUGGCAGCGCGCCGGCACCCGCGCCCUUCGGCGGCAGCGCGUUUGGGAGCCCCUCAACGCUCGGUGCCGGCGGCUCGGCCUUCGGGAGCACGUCUAGCCUCGGCGCGGGCGCCGCAGCCUUCGGGAGCGCGUCGGCGCUCGGGACUCCGGGGUUCGGAGCCGCGGGCGGCGACGCUCGAUCAAAAGUUGUCGAGAUCUACCAGAAAUGUAACCCCACGAAGCUCGGCGAAGUCGACAAACUGCUGGCCAAGUACGCGGGCCGCGAGGCCGAGCUCGUCGCGCGGCUCCAGAAAAAAUACGCGGCGCAGCUCGGAAACGCAGGCGGUGGGUUCGGCCAGCCCGCGGCCCUGGGCGGCGCGACGUUCGGCGGGGCGGCCGCGGCGCCGAGCGCGGGCUUUGGCGGGUUCGGCGGCGGCGCCGGGGCAUCCACUGGCGGAUUCGGCCAGCCCGCGGCCCUCGGAGGCGGCUCGGCCUUCGGCGCCACGUCGACGCUCGGCGGGGGCGGUGCGACGUUCGGCGGGGCGGCGGCGGCGCCCAGCUCAGGCUUCGGAGGCUUCGGCGGCGGCGCGGCCGCUGCGCCGACGAGUGGUUUCGGCGCCGCGGCGCAGGCCCCGGCGUUUGGCUCGCCAGCGGCGCUCGGCGGCGGCGCGGCGUUCGGCGGCGCGUCGCCGGGUGGCGGCUUCGGUGGAGCCGCGGGCGCGCCGAGUUCUGGCUUCGGAGGUUUCGGUGGGGCGGCCGCCGCGCAGUCGCCAGGCUUCGGCCAGCCCCAGCAACAGCCCGCGUUCGGCGGCAGCGGUUUCGGCUCGCCCGCGGCGCCCGCCUUCGGCCAGCCACAGGGGCAGCAGUCGUCCACAUUCGGGCGGAGCUUCACGCAAUUCCGGGGCUAG